UUCAGGAACCUGAUGGCAGUGGGGAAGAAGCUGUUGAUGAAGUGUGCGUCUUCAGGAUCCUGAGCCUCCCGUCUGAUGGCAAAAUCGAGAAGAAGGCAUGGCCUGGAGUGAUGGAUGUUGCCUUCCUGAGGCAUCACCUCAUUGAGACCUUCGUAUUGCUUCUCGGUCUGCCAUAGUUGGACCCACCCUGCUGAAAGAGAUGCUGCAGUAAGGUGUGCCUACAAGGGUGAACAAGCAAUGGAGAUUCCCAGCACCUUCAGUCAGCUGACAAACUGCCUGAAAUCAGCAGAGUGUUUAAAUGACAUGCCUUCUAAUGGAGGAUCUGGGAAUGACAUCCAGACAAGGGAGCAGGGCAGCUCAAAGAGGCAGAGAAGAAGGGCUCAAAAUUUUACCGACAACGACCUACAAACACUUCUGAAUGAGAUGCAGCCAAGGAGAGACAGAUUGCUGGGUGUGCACGGAAGAAAACCACAAAAAUCUAUUUCACGUGCCAUGUGGAGAGAGGUGGCAGUGGCACUGAAUGCCACCUCUCUCACCUCAAGGACUGCAGACCAGUGUCGAAAGAAGUUCAAUGACCUGACGAGGGCAGGCAAGGAAAAACUAAUGCACAAUGCACGUGAGAGACAGGAAUGCAAAGGGUGCAUCCCCAACAUUAAGGAGCUCACCCCUUACGAGGAGCGGGCUGUGGAGCUGCUGGGUAGACAGUGCGGUCUCGCAGUGGUGGCGGACGGUGAGAUUGGUGUGACAGUGCAGGCCACAGAGCCUUCACAGCAGUGGGGUCCAGAGGAUGACGAGGAUGAGGAUGACGAGGAUGAUGACGACGAGAAACUUUGCUUCUUCAUUGAUUAUGAUGAUGAGGACGAGGAAGAGGACGGUGAAAGCAAACCGGAUCGUGAGUCCUUGCAACUUGAUCCAUCUCCGUGUUCCACUGCUCCAACCCCCUCCAUCUCAACCCCCUCGAACAUGGCUUUCCCACUCCCCUGCUCCAACUCCGACCCCAUCACCAGGGCGCAGUUAGAUGGCGUUGGUGAGGAGGAGGCGUUGGGUGACUCCCAAGAUAUCAGGGAGCCAGAGAACUGGGCAAUGGGCGAGGACGUGCCAGCUUCCCAGCGGAGGCCGAGGAGAAGGGCGCCUCCUGCCUCCGAGCCGUGGGACUCCGACCUCGCGGGGACUCGGCCCAAGAGAAGAAUGCUCAAUGAGCAUCUCACGUACUUGCAACCCCUGCGGUCGGUCUUUGAAGAUGUGCAGCACCUGACGGCCGUGACGCUGGAGUCCACGGCCCUCAUCUGCAACAGCAUCAAGGAAGCUUUCACUUCCCUGCAGACCUCGAUGGAACACGUGGCAGCUUCACUGGAAUCUGCAGCACACCUUCACCUGCGGAAUGUCCAGGAACCAGCCCGUGCCCCUGCUGAAGCACAGAGCGCUGCCCUGGCCCUAAUAGGGGAGAGAAUAGAUGGCACCCUACAUGCUGGCUUUCAGACUCUGGGGUCGGGCAUACAGACUGCUAUCUCCCAGGGCUUUCAGGAACUGAUAGCUGCCAUUAGACCAACUAUCCCUCUGGUCAAUGGAAAUACAAAUCCAGGGCCCAGUGCAGCUGAGGGUAACCUACCCAGUGUGGCCAGUUCUCAGGACAAUAUCACAUGGCCAACCUCCAGCAUGCCCCCUCUCGGUACCAGACCAUCAGAAUUUAGGCGGCGAUGCCAGACCGUCCAGGCAGAAGCUCAAGAGAUGCAGCCGGCAGCAGCUCCCUGCCAGGAGCAGGCGGCCCUAGGAGGAGGACCACCCCAGUCUCACGAACCGUUCGUGGCACAGGAACAGCCAAUCACCUACUGCGACACUCAGGUUGCACCCAGGAGGAACUGUAGGGUAGGAGAAAAAAAAUCACACCUAGCAGCUCCAGGGAAGCACUGUGUGAGAAGAAAGUAGAAAGGUUUAUGUUUACGUAUAGGUUGAUUGUAAUUAAAGAGAAUGUGCCCUAACUUUGUGCCAGUUAUUCAGUCAGAUGAAUUGAACAUGUACGAUCAUGUCAAGUCUGAUGUGAUGAUGUAGGAUGGAUAGCAGUGUUAACAAUUUAUCAUUUGUGUAAAGGUGGGGAGCAAGAGAUCUUCCAGUUGUGGCAAAGAUACGUUGUUAAACUGAUGAUGUCAGUGCCUAGUUGUGUACGACCAUUGAGUUGUCUGUGUGGUGAUGAUCAUCCUGACGUUUUCCUCCACAUACUUUUGCCUUAAGAGCAGCCAGAGCUGACUUCUCAGGCACAAGUCUCUCCACGUCUGUGCAGUUUGUAGAUCGCUGAGUUCUGCUGGGUGCAGGAAUCUAUGAGUGGGAGGGGGUCACGUGGUCUGCAGUAAACUGAGACUUCUGUCCUUAGGUACCCAGUGGCCCCUCAAUGGUUAAAGGUGUGUGCUUCUUGGCUAUUCCUACAACUAGUGCCAGCAAGAGCAAAAUCUCAGCCCUCAAAACGCCCUGAUUACAUCCUUGAUGAGUUUAGAGGAAUAAAGACUUUGGAACAAACUCAUCAUGGCAGCUUCAUGCAUCUCUCAAGGAGAGCUCUCUGUGUGCUGUCAUGGACCCAAUCAUUCUGUUCAUAAAAUUAACAGGGUGUUGGCACUGAUCCCCAUGACUGUCUGAAAUGAUGGGAUGGUAGAAAAGUUGAGUGCAGAUAUCACUUUAACAGUCACAGGUGCAGUUGUCUAGGCAGUGAUCUUAGCCACAGAUGGUCAUGCCGUAACUGGCAGCUUUUCUUUUGCCCUUUUGGGCAUUUUGUGCAGAACACCUUAUUAAAGUUGCAUAAACCUGUAUAGCCUGUAAAUUAUUUAAGGGGAGGGUAAUAUAUUGCUUAUAGUCUGCUUCAGUCUCCUCUUCUCCAUCCUCUGUUAGUCCUGCUCUGCCAUUAUAAGGACAAACAAAGCAAUUCCAAUUGACAAUCCCAAUCCUGGAGUCAACAGUAUCCUUGGGGUUUCAUACACCCUCAGGUGGUCAGAAGCAUGAACAGCACUCCCCAUAGAGGAAAGGUUCAAAAGAAAAUGCCCCCAAAAACUUCUUCAGUUCUAAUAAUCUGGAGACCUUUUCUUGGCACUCUUCAGUCUCAAGAGAUCCCCAUUUCUGCUGCUCUCAGCUGAUCUUUGGAAUUUUCAGAACUGAUUUGGUGGCUUGGUGGUAGGAGGCAGAGGGUGGUAGUGGAAGGUUGUUUUUCACAUUGGAGACCUGUGAUCCACUGGUGUGCCACAGGGAUUGGUGCUGGGUCCCUUGUUGUUAGGCAUAUAUAUCAAUGACUUGGGUGAAUGUGGGUGGCAUGAUUAGUAAAUUUGCAGGUGACGCCAAAAUUGUUGGUAUAGUGGACAGUGAAAAAGGUUGUCUAAGGUUGCAACAUGAUCUAAAUAACUGAAAAAGUGAAUAAAGGAAUGGCAGAUGGGAUUUAUCUUGGACAAGUGUGAAGUGAUGCAUUUUUGGAAGUUAAACCAGGGCAGGACAGACACAGUGAAUGGCAGAGCUCUGGGGAGUGUUGUUGAACAGAGAGACCUUGGGAUACAAUUAUAUAGUUCCCUGAAAAUAGGAACACAGGUAGACAGGCUGGUGAGGAACGCAAAGGGCAUUGGCUGAGGCAGUGAAUAUAAGAGUUGGGAUGCCGUGUUACAUUUGUACAAAAUGUUGGUUGGGCCGCACUUGGAGUACUGUGUGCAGUUCUGAUCACCACACUAUAGGAUGUGAUUAAACUAGAGAGGAUGAAGAAAAGAUUCACGAGGAUGUUACCUGGAUUGGAGGGCUUUACUUAUCAAGAGGGAUUGGAUCGGCUGGGACCGAUUUCCCUGGAGUGAAGGAGGCUGAGAGGUGACAUGAUAGGGCUAUAUAAAAUUAUGAGAUGCUUAGUUAGGGUAGAUAGCCAGUGUCUGUUUCCCAUGGUAGUGGAGUCUAAAAUUAGGGGGCAUAGGUUUAAACUGAGAGGGAGGAGGUUUAAAGGGGAUCUGAGGGGUAAGUUUUUCACACACAGUAGUUGGUAUCUGGAUUGAGCUGCCAGAGAAGGUGGUGAAGGCAGGAGCAGUAAUAACAUUGAAGAGGCAUCUUGACAGGCACUUGAAUGAGAAGGGAUGUGGAGUUAAUGCAGGCAAGUGGGAUUAGUAUAGACAGGUGUGAUGGUUGACAUAGACGAGGUGGGCUGAAGGGUCUGUUUCUAUGCUGCACAACUCUAUGACUCUAUGAUUUCUUGGAUAGGCCCUGAACUUUGUAAAUGUGUCCUCCAGAAAUCUGGUGUCCCAAACCUGUUGCCCGCUUAUCCUUAAAUGUUACUGAAUUUCAAUGCAACACAGUGUGUGGGAUGCAGGAAGUUUCAACUGGUUUGGGUCCAUUGGUUGUUGACACAGAGUGAGGUACUGUGGAUGCAGGCCUGACAAGCCACUGAAAGGCUACUGUCCUAGUCUACAUCCCUGUCCACUGAAAUACAUUCUCUCCACCCCCCUCUCUUACCACUCCUCAAAAUCUAUUUCAAAGUGUCCUUUCUGACUGCCUUCAUUCCUUGUUAAUUUGUCUGCAGCAAAGUUGUAGAUUAACAUUUUUUCUCGGAUAAUCAAAUGUUUUGGGCUCAGAUGAAAGGCUCUCUUUUGGAUCUUGCUGAGAGUUGCAAACUCUCUUCAUUUUUAAAGCACUGCAGAAAGAUUUCUGUAAGCUCUAGGGGUUCAAGAAUCAUCACACCCAGUAAGAAAAACUACCCAAGAAGGGGCAGUGUGAGAUAAACUACCAGAAAGCCACUGAAAUUUCCUUAAUAAAAAUAGAAAAUGCUGCAAACACUCAGCAGGUCAGGCAGCAUCUGUGGAGAGAGAAACAGUUAACGUUUAAGGUCUGCGACCCUUGAUUACGCUUCCUGACCCACUGAGUGUUUGUAGCAUUUUCUGUUUUUAUUUUAAGCCUCUGUAGUUUUUCUCAUUUCCAUUUACUAAAAUCUCUUGAAUUGAAUACAACCUAUUCUUGGAAGUUAAAAUGAAUUGGAUGUGACUGAUUGUAGGUGAUCUUUAAUUGAUCCAAACGCUUUUUCCCCCCGGUACAUCUACAAUAUCUUGCCCACUUAUUUAAUUCAUUUGAUGUCUUGAUUGGUUUAAUCUCAGGUUGCUCCCUUGACAUGUAGCUAAACCAAGUAGAUGCUUUAUUAUAAUAUUACUCAAUUAAAUUUUGGGCUCUUUUCCUGUGCUUUUAAUCUACUCGCAGUUGGACAGCUCUUCAAACUCUGUACUCACGAUGUGCAGAUUUAAUUACUCCUCAUAUACAGUCAUCUACUGCUCUAAAGAACUAACAGUACCCAAGAUUUGCUGUAAAGACAGUACAUUGUAUACCAGUAUUAAGCUGUAGGUUUUAACAUCUCCCGUUAAACAAAAAAUAGUUAAUCAUUGGGAGACUAGAGUCAGCUUAGUUCCUCUUCACGGAUUUCACCUCCUUUCCUUGUUGAUGUCUCAGACUGAACCAAACAAUUUGCAGCCCUGGUAUCAUAUUCAGCCCCACACUAUCUACUGCUUCUCAUGCCAUCUCCUUUCCUCUCCAUAAACCAGCCUCCCUCUGGCCCAGCCCAUCUACUGCCAGAACUCUCACCAAACCUUUGUCAGCUGGAGACAGGCAUGCGACUUGUAAACUUCAGUGUCCUAUCUCACACCAAGAUCCUUCCAUCCAACCUCGCACCUUAUUUUUAGGUGUGCCUUGUGAUGCAUCUGCCAUGCCCAUUUAUUCUCCUCACCAAACCAGGGUCUCUUGAUUUUUGUUCAUUUUUGGGGAUGUGGGCAGUAUUUUUUGCCCAUUUCUAAUUGCCCUUGAGCUGGUGAGCUACCUCUUCAACUACUGUAGUUCUUCUGGUGAAGGUGCCUCCACAUUUCUGUUGUGUAAGGAGUUCUGGGAUUAGUGAUAUAUUUCCAUGUCAGUAUAGUGUCUGACCUGGAGGGGAACACUGUGUUCUCUUGAGCCUACUGUCAGUCAUAGAAUCAUACAGCAGGGAAACAGGCCAUUCGGCCCAACUUGUCCGCACUGACCAGUGAGAACCCUUCCAUUUUAAUCCGAUCUCCCAGCACUUGGCAUGUAGCCUUCUAUGCUAGGCUGGACACUUGUUAAAUGCUGCGGGAACCCAGCUUCCACCACUCUCUCAGGCAGUGGAUUCCAGAUCCUCACCACUCUCUGGGUGAAGGUGGUUCUCUCAGAUCCCUCUAGAUCUCUUCCCCCGACCUUAAAUCUACAUCCUCUAGUUUUAUCUACCUCUGAUAUGGGGAAAAGUUUCCUGCAGUCUACCCCAUCUAUACCCUCAUCAUUUUAUACACAUCAAUCAUGUCUCCUCUUAACCUCCUCCGCUCCAGGGAGAACAGACCCAGCCUCUCCAGUCUCUCCUCAUUACUGAACUGUUCUGUCCCAGAAAACAUCCUGGUGUAUCUCCUCUGCACCCGCUCCAGUGCUAUCACAGCCUUCCUGUCCCCUGGUGACCAGUACUCCAGCUGAGGUCUGACCAAGGUUUUCUACAGUUGGAGAAUAUCCUCCCUGCUCCUGCAUCUGAUGCCCCGACUAAUGAAGCUCAGCAUCCCAUAUGCCUUCCUAACCAUGUUAUCUACCUUUGUAGCCACCUUUAAGGAUCUGUGAAGUUGUACUUCUGUUUCUCAAUACUCCCUAAGACCCCACCAUUCAUGGUAUAUGUCCUAGCCUCAUUAGUGCUCCCAAAAUGAAUCACCUCACAUUUGUCUGGAUUAAACUCCAUCCUUCAGCCCAUUUCACCAACACGUUGAUACCUCUCUGCAGCCUAAGACUACCUUCCACAUUAUCAACAACUCUGCCAACCUUCAUGUCCUCCGUGAGUUUACUGCUCUUGCCUCCCACAUCCAAGUUAUUCACGUAUAUUACAAACAGCAAGGGUCCCAGCACCGAUAUGUGUGGGACACCACUAGUUGCAGCCAUCCAAUUGCAAAACAACCCUUUACUGUCACCCUUUGCUCCUAUUGCCAAGCCAAAUUUGGAUCCAGUCUGCUGACUUGCCCUGGAUCCCUGGGCCUUAACCUUUUGAACUUGUACUUCUUGGUGGUAGAGGUCGGAGUAGCCAAGGAUGUGCUGGGGCUGUAGGCACUAAAUGGUUAGGGUGGUUGAUGAGGUGCCAGUCAAGCAGGCUGCUUCAUGCUGGGUGGUGUUGAACUUUUUGAGUGUAUUUGGAGCUGCAGUCACCAAGGCAGAUGGAAAAUAUCCCAUCAAACUUGUGCCUUAUAGAUGAUGGAAAGGCUUUGGGGUGUCAGGAGCUGAGUGAUUGACUACAGAAUAGCCAGCCUCUGACCUGUUCAUGUAACUGCAGUACUUACUUGGCUGGACCAGUUGACCCCAAGGAUGUUGACAGUGGGGGACUUGGUAAUGCUAGUGAAUGUCAAGGGUAGGUGGGUAAUUGGUAGAUUGGACAUGGUCGUUGUGUUACAAACGUCACUUAUCAGUCAAUGCCCAACUGUUGUCUACAUCCUGCUAAAGCAUAGGCAGAAUCUGCUUCUUUCUCGGAGGAAUUGUGAAUAGAAUUGAACAUUGCACAAUCAUCACUAAACCUCUUACAGUGGAAGGUCAGUCAUUGAUGAAGCUUCUGAAGGUGAUUGGAGCUCUCAGGAGCUCCUGCAUCAAUGUAUUGGGACAGGGAUGACUCUGACCUGUGGAUUCAUCCCAUUUCUUCUGUUGCCCAUUGACUUCAGUUUUCCCAGGGCUCCUUGAUGCUGCACUUGGCUAAAUGCUGCUCGGUGUCAAGGGCAGCCCACCUCUGGGAUUCAGCUCUUUAUUCAAUGCUUGGACCGAGAAGAGCCACCUGGUGAAAUCCAAACUGAGUGCUAGUGAGCAGGUGUCACUUGUUAACACUGUCAACAACAUGCCUCAUCAAUCUGCUGAUAAUUGAGAGUACACGGGACGGAAAUUAGCCAGGCUGGAUUUGUCCUGCUUUUUGUGAACAGGAUGUACUGGGCAGUUUUCCAUAGAGCCAUUGAUGUACGAGGACAGCUUGACUGGAGGGGUAGCUGGCUCUGGAUCAAGCCUUCUAUAUGACAGCCAGGAGGUUGUCUGACCUCAUGGUCUUUGCUGUAUCCGGUGCGCUGAGCCACUGCAUUGAAUGGAUUGAAUUGACUGUUGUUAUUGGAGAUGUUAGUUCGCUUAUCCUUCUAGUGGCAUCUGUAGUGGUGAAGGAGGGAGCCAAACUGGACCAUCCACUUAGCACUGAAGGCUAAACAUGGUUACAGGUGAUUCAGUCUUGUCUUCAGUAUUCAAGUGCUGGGCUCAGGAUGUCCCUGGUGCCUUCUUUUAUUAGCUGUUUAAUUGUCCUCCUCCAUUCAUGUCUAGGUGUAGCAGAAAUGUAGAUCUUUGAUGUGACCCUUCAGUUGUCAGUCACCCAGCUCCAUCUGCUGCUUGUUGUUUUUGCUGUUUAACAUGUGUUGUGACUUUCAUCAUCAAUGUCUGCCUGUGCUGAGAGCUGUCUGGUCAACUGAGGAAAAGGGUGUUUGAAGAUCAACACCUCACGCCUGGCAUAAAACUCAUAAUCUACUGGGCAGUGGUGAUUCCUGUCCUCUUUUAUGUUUCUGAGACCUGGGCUACCUACAGCAGGCCCCUCAAGAUGCCACCAAUGCUAUGUCUGCAGACUCCUCCAAAUUCACUGGAAGGAUAAGCAAAUCAUCAUCUUCCAUAUCAAUGCCCAAGUUACACUUAGUCGGUUGCACUGGGCAGGCCAUGGUAUUUGUAUGCCAAGCACCAUUCUCUUGGGACACUCUAUCCCAAGCUUUGUUACAGGAUAUACAUACUAGGUAGGCAGAGGAAAAUAUUCAAGGAUGUGCUCAAAGUCUCCUUGAAGAAAAAUAACAUCCCUACUGACUCCUGGGAACCCUGCCUUAUGUAUCUUCAAAGUGGAGAGGUUUGAGAUGGUAUCAAGAACCUCGAGUCCAUUUGUUGGGAACACACAGAAGCCCAGCAUAAACAAAUGGUGAAAGGCUUGGACCACCUCACAAACUAUCCCUAUGUCUACCCUGUCUGUGGUUCCCAUACUGGCCCCAUCAGCUUUGUCAGAACCCAUCGAACUGGAGUGGAAGUGAGGAAGUGCCGAUGUGGCAGCUUUGCCUGGUUGGCACCCUAGUUUCAGGUGCAUCCGAUGCUGCUCCUGGUGUGCCCUUCUGCACACGUCAUUGGACCAGGGUUGAUCCUCUGACUUGAUUGGAUUGCUGUAGUGAGGGACAUGCUGACAUCUGUGCAGGAGGGUAGAAAGGACGCAGGAGGCUGAGAAGUGCAGGGUUCUGAGGGAACAGCUCAGGAGAGUGGAUAACAAAGAACUCCCCAGCUAUCAUGGUUGGAUUUGAACUUAAUUCAGUAGAUCAUUUGUUCAGACCUUUGGAUAAAGGGAUUAUGAACAUAAACACUUUGCCACUGUUCUUACACUGUUCUUUUUAACGUUUCAUCUUCCUUGUUCUAUCUUUUAUGGGACCAUGUUUAUCUACAUUGAAAUCUAUUUGCUCUUAUUCUGAUCAUUUGUUGAAUCUAUGCAAUUUAAUGCCUUAUUCUACACUGCUUUAAGCAUUACUUCAUUUGUGCAUCAAACUUGGACAUGCUUAUCGUGACCCUUAUGGAGAAGCACCUUCUUCCCCGGUUCCAUCUCCUGCAGUUCCUAACAGAGACGUAUCUGAAUGGUCUCUUAAUAUAUUGAUGACCGAUUGAGGGCCAUUUGCAGCAAUAUCAUACAUGUUAAAGGAUAAGGAGGCUCAAUUAGCCUUUUGAUAAUGCUUGACGUGGUGCGUGGGAUCACACACCAAGCAGCCCAGCAUUAUAAAACAUACAAUUGCUCUCUUGAUCAUCAGUAGGAGGUUGACCCACUUUAAACUGCAUUUCCGUGACACCAAACCAAGGUAAAUCCGAACUCAUCCUUGAAUCACUGUUUAAACAGAGACUGAGAGAAAUGGCUGAGCAGCUAACAAGAGACCGGUUCAAACAAAGAAAGUAGUUAAUGGUAAUUAUUCGGAUUGUGGAGUAAACUGAUUAUUACCUGAUUCCAUAUGUCAAGAGUUUUGAUAUUUUGUUACUUUAGAACAGUUCAAGUACUGUGUACAUCAAGUAUUGUAAUGUUACUUGCUGUGGUUGACA